AUGAAUACCUACAAUGCUCAAUCAAGAAAAAUAGAUAACCAAAUAAAAGCAAAAGGACUACAAAAAGUUAAAUACUAUUGCCAAAUGUGUCAAAAACAAUGUCGUGAUGCAAAUGGAUUUAAAUGUCAUUGUGAAACUGAAGGUCAUAGAAGAAUGAUGGAAUUAUAUGCCUCUGACCCAAUGAAGUACCAAAGAGAUUUCUCUAAUCAAUUUCAAAAUGGGUUUAUUAGAAUAUUACAAACCCAAUAUAAAAGAAAACAAGUUAAUGCAAAUACUAUUUAUAAUGAAUAUAUUCAAGACAAAAAUCAUAUUCAUAUGAACUCUACACAAUGGACUUCUUUGUCAGGAUUUGUUAGAUAUUUAGAAACAAAAGAAAUUGUUGAAUUAGAAGAAAAAGACGAAGGACUUUUUAUUAAAUUAAUUGAACCAGAAGACGAUAGUAAUGAAACUUUAAACCAUGAGGAUGAAAGAGAUGAAUUAAAAGAAGUGCUUGAUUCAAUAGUAAAACAAAAUAAAUUGUAUGGAGUAGAUGAACAAAAUAUCAACGACACAAUAGUUAAAGAAAAAAAACCAAUAUUUAACAAAAUUAAUAAAUUGAAUAAAAAAGAAAAGAAAAAAAGUAAAACAAUUGUAUUUGAUGAUGAGGACUCAUUUAAAAAAAGUGAAAUAGAUCAGAAAAAAAAGAAAAUGCCAAUUACAAAUCCAAAUCAAAUGGGUAUUUAG